UUGUAUGUGAAGCUUGAAAUUGAAACCUUGGAAGUGGAGAAGUUAGGUGUACGGUGUACGUGCAAUUUUAUUAUUAAUAGAGAUUAGAGACAGUAAAUAAUAUUUAUUUUCUGUAUGCUCGUGUAGUAAAUUACAGUCAUAAUGGAGAGAAAUAUCACAAGUAAUUCUGUUGGAAGCAUUCUGAGGGCAAUCAACACAGUAGCCUACAACCCCACGCCAGAAGAGCAAACUUCAUCAUCACUUCAAAAUUUAUUAGCUGUCACACGACAAUCAUUCAGACCUAAUCGUAGCCUUGAAACACCAAAACGUGGUAGAAAAAGUAGUAACACUUAUAAAAGGAGGAUAUUUUUAAUGAAGUUGGCUCACUGUGACUUCUUGCCAGCAAUCCAUGAGCAGAAGUUUUUAAAUAAGAGAGGUUUAGGACAAGCUGGGCCCAUCUCAAUAAAAAGAAGCUGGCCAUCAUCGCGUAUUAAAGAUGAGAUUGUCCAAGCAUUUCCUAACAGUAUUAGGGAUUUGCUAAGAAUGUCUGAUUUUACAUUAGCUAAGUGUGAUCGUCAGAAAAUGCUGAUUCAUUUGGAGCUGCCGGAGAGGUUUAAUGGUUUAGACCUUGAACUACAACUUGGGAAUGGAAUGCUGAUACUUAUUCCAAAUCACGACUUUCCCAAUAAUCUGCCCAUUCUUGAAAAGGAGAACCAGAGUCCUGUUAGUUUUAAUGACUCAGAAUAUGAUUCAGAUUUUGAAUUACCUUCUUCUAAAAGACCGAGCAGAGAAAGACGGUCUCUGAUGCCUGAUACUGCAGUUUCGAAUUUAGAAUUAUCUCCUUCUACAAGACCGAGCAGAGAAAGACGGUCUCACAUACCUGCCACUGCAGUUUCGAAUUUAGAAUUAUCUCCUUCUAUAAGACCUAGCAGAGAAAGACAGUUUUUGAUGUCUGCUACUACAGUGUCGGAUAUUAGUAAUUUUUCUGGAGGUAUCACUCUACCGGAAGCUUCGAUCCUUCCAGUAGCUGGUUCAUCAUCUUCCUCCACAUCACUUUUACAAGACGUUUUAGAAACAACACAUACAGAAGAGUGGACAUAUGAUAUUUUUACACAAAGUGAAGUUGUUUUUCCCACCUUGCAAGAGGAUGCAGAUACACAACUAGUUGAUGUAAAACGGCAAGAUGUCAUUGACGUUAUGUUCAGUAUAUACCAAAAUGAAGGAAUAGGUUGUAAGAAACUCUCCGUUCAAUUCGUGGAUGAAAAAGGCGUAGAUGGUGGCGGCCUAACUGUCGAAUUAUUUACCAUCUUUUGGAAUGAAAUUUUUGCAUCUCAUACUUAUUUCAAAGGAAAUGAUGUCUUAGUACCAUACAUCCCCCUCCAUAAACUGAGAAAGUUGAAAGGAGACUUUAAGAUAUUGGGCCGCAUUCUAGGACACAUGAUGUUAUUAACAGGCACCUUUCCUAAUAAGCUGGCUAUAUAUACUUUUACUGGUCUAUCACUUAAAACUGAGGAUUACAGCCAACAUAAAAAUAUUCUUUUGCAAGACUUCUUGCUACUACUCACUAUUGCAGAAAGAAAGUUGGUAAAAAAGGCAUUACAUAGUUUUACAGAAUUGUCUGAAGCCGAAAUUGGGAGACUCACCAGCCUGUUUUCUACUAAUAAUAUGCUUGACAUUCCUAGAGAAUGUGAUAUUGAAGAGCAGAUUAUUACUAUCGCUGAAAAAGUAAUUAUUAAAGACACAGCAGAAUUAUAUGCUGAAAUGCGAGUAGGCCUGCAACCCAGGAUAUUAGAAUUUUUAAAUAAUGUCCCAUUAGACGACAUUAUUCAAAUUUGGUCGUCCAAACAACCAACCGCAGAAAAAGUUAUGAAUGUUUUGAAGCUUACAGUUGAACAUCCUAACAACAUUGAAGAACAAACUUUUUUUUACUUCCAAAACUAUGUGGGAUCGCUACCAAUGCACCGAUUAUCCAAAUUUUUAUUAUUUGCCACUGCUUCAAUCCACAUGCCUGAGGACAUUUCUGUGUCAUUCCAUAAUUAUAUUGGAGUUGCAAGGAGACCAAUUGUGCACACCUGCAGUAGGAGCAUUGAACUGGGUCUUGGAUACGAGUCUCAGCAAAAUUUUGACUCGGAAAUGAAUUUGUAUUUGGAUGACGUUACUUCAUACGAAUAUGACCAAAUGUAAAUAGUAGUUAAUGUU